CUUACAGUGGUCUAUGUUGGGGCUGCUUUGUCCAAGUGGCGUGAGCAAUGUUGGAAGCCUUUGUCGGGUGCCAUGGCAGGCUGAACUCAAGUACAAGUAGGAAACCUUGUUGCUGCCUUCCUUCCGUGAUCCCUUGCUAUCGCCUCGGCCUUUCUGAGUUCGCUACGUUAAUUCCUGCAUCAUGGCGAUCAACAUGACUACCCUCAAGCAUCCGUACUAUCCUCCUCACCUCGACCUUCCCCACUACACAGUCCCCACCAUGCCAAUGCAGCAAAUCCUCACCAUCUUUUUCAGCACCGUACUCGUCAUCCUUCUGACAUCUUACUCGAUAAUUUCACGCUCAGAAACGACAUUUGGACGCAAGCUUGUCUUUCUCUGGUUUAUUUCCUGCGGCUUUAUUCACUGGGGUCUGGAAGGCUAUUUUGCGUACAACCAUAAGGAAAUUGCGGGGCAGAGUUUCGUCCUGGCAGAAUUGUGGAAGGAAUAUGCGUACAGCGACUCGCGAUACAUGAGUGGAGACUCUUUUGUGGUCGUUAUGGAAAGCGUUACUGCGUUCCUCUGGGGUCCGCUCUCAUUCCUCACGGCGUACUUGAUCUUUAACAACUCUCCUGUUGCCCCCAUACUCGAGUUCCUGGUUUCCACUGGCCAGUUAUAUGGAGACGUCCUCUACUAUGCUACAACCUUGAUCGAAGGUGCUCCUCACUGUUCUCCUUCUCCCUACCACUUCUGGUUCUACUUUGUGUUUAUGAACGCCUUCUGGAUUGUGAUACCCUUGACGAUAAUGUGGAACAGCGCGCGAAGAAUGCAUCGCGCCAUGUGCUUGACUCAAGGGAAAGGAAAGGGCAAGCUCGAGUAGCAGAUGUAUAACUUAUUAUAGACAAUAGAAAAUUUGGAAAAAGCAAACAAGGUUGAUUGACUAGGAUGCAUCAUCGGUUUUGCGCGCUGGGAUGCGUUUGCCAAGCAGGCGUCGCUAUCGCUAAUUGAUCGCCCGCGGUUGCACAAUAUAAUAAUAUAAAUAUCUCGCUUCAUAAAACACCA